UCUUGCUCAGCUCAGUAUGCUAACUUAAGUCCAUCAACAAGCUAGUUAGCGGCAAGCGACAUGAGUGCAAGCAGUGAGGUCCCGCUGGAGUCAGGACAACAUGGACCGAAACUAAGGGCAGGCGAGGCGUUUCCGCGUCCAUCGACGAAAACAUUCACUACCUUGGGAUUCACUCAUUCAUUCAUGUGAAUGGUGGUCGUGGGACUUGUUUGAGCUCGGAGUGGCGGGCACGUUCACUUGUCACGGCUCGCGAGGAAAACACGGAACACUCACCGAGGAGAAUGGUGGUUCCAGAAAGCGCCAGUCUGGUCGCCCAGACUGAUAAUGGCAGUCCCCCUGGCAUAGAGGGCUCCAAGCUGGGAUGCAAGGAAGAGGUGGAGGGGACUCAAGACCUAGCGGGGGUGGAACUGGAGGAGGUCCGAAAGUUGCAAGAACUUGUUCAUAGACUGGAGGUGCAGAAUGAGACGCUGCGCAACAGGGGAGCCAAACACAUUAUCAAUCGAGGAGCCAGUGGCGAGGGCAGAGACUUGGAGCUGUCACCCCCUCUGGAAAGCUUCAGUGGCAACAUGUCCCCACUCCCAGGGACCAUCAGGCCUGGGGAGGACGAGGAUGAAGAUGCGGCUGAAGAUGUCGGGCCGUGCAGCGGCUUCCUCACGUUGACCUGUAGCGGAGGGCCAAGACAAGGCCAAAGCCAGACGCCGGACAGCCCGUCCCAGGAGAGCUAUGAGUCCGAGACGCUCGCAGAGAGCGAUUCGGGGAUGGAGCAAUCGGCUUUUGAUGAGGUGGACAUUCUUGAUUUGGAAGAUGAGUGUGCUGAAGUGGAAGAUGAGGACAGUUGGUUGUACGUAUCACCUAAAAAACAAGUAUCAGACGCAGUCCCUGAGUCUCCCCUGAAGUGGUGUCGGCAGGUUUUGGAGCAACGCAGCCCAGAGACGGAGAAGGCAUGUCGGACACUCAUGAGUCGUUUGGACCAGACAUCCCGGUGGAGGAACAUGUACAGCAGCCCAUCAGCAGAGGCAGGCUCAGCAGGCUCAGGCCUGAUCUCUCCUGGGUACCACAAAUCAACUAACAAAUCUCUACUAACCUGUGGCAGCUCAGGUGUCUCUGGUGUGCCCUCAACCAUGAGUUCUCAGUCUUCUAUAGAUAGCGAGCUCAGUACUUCAGAUGACUCCAUCUCCAUGGGUUAUAAACUGCAAGAUCUUACUGAUGUCCAGAUCAUGGCUCGUUUACAAGAAGAGAGUCUGAGACAGGAUUACGCUUCCAGUUCAGCAUCUGCAUCACGCCGCAGUUCCACAACAUCCCUUCAGUCCCUUCGCCGGGGCGGCACCUACAGCGACCAGGAAUUUGAUAAUUAUAGCCUGGAAGAUGAAGAGGAUGAAUUCAGCCCUGUCCCCCAGCAACGCCACCGCUUCACUCCUUCUCCCUUGGGAUCACCUCGAUGUUUGUCGCCCUCCACGUCCAAUCACGGUCAGGAGCACAGUAGCAGACUCGGAGCCCCUCGCACAAGAACACCCAGACGAUCUCUACAAGGCCCGAGUGCAGAGCUUCUCAAAUUUGCCAAGAGUGAAGAAGAGUUGAGGCACAGCAUGCCUAAUCUGGCCCCUCGCACCAGCCUACGUUCACUGGAGGCAGUCAGAAACAGCCGCAGCAUGGAGGCUAACCUCCAGAGCUCUGGCAAUCGCAUGUCCCAUUUGACUCCCUCCCCCUCCUCAGGUAUGGCUGCUAGUCGACUGCGCAGCAACGGCCAAUCUCCUCUUUCCCUCCGGGCUCCAGUAAAAGCUGUCACCCCCGUGGGCUCUAUGGCAUCUCGUCACCCGUCCAGAGGUCUCCCUGUUAUCCAAGCACCCCCUGCUUCAGGGGCUCGUCGGGUCCAGCCUGCUGCAUCUGCUAAUGGUGGAUCCUAUAUACCAGGAAGAGCCUCCACUGGCGUAGGGCGGACAGCUGUGGGCCGAGGACAGUCCGUACCCACCAGAAGUAAACUAUCACAACCAGCCAGAAGGUCGUUGGGCAUGGCUAGAAUUUCCGAUGAAUCCUGGAAAGAUGGCUGCUACUGAAGUUUGAUACCCAAUGAUGGGUGUUUACUGCUGCAAUCCUCGCUUAACCUCUUCUUAGUGACAUCUUGCAAUGCAAGUGUGGGCUUAAGUGGAGACUCAUCUCUUUAUCUUGCAUGAAGCUUUGUCAACAAUACCCAGCAUGGAUGCGUUGGCAAACAAGAAGGCACACUCCAGCAAAUGUUAGAAGGACAAUCAAAGUGCUUCCAGAAGAUUUGUUCGGGUCAAUUUUACUUAUUUUUCUAUGGUAAUUGUUUGAAACUGCUGUAAUAUUCAUCAAUUGUAUUUGCUUUGUGAUGUUAUUAAUAUGAAAAUCUAAAGAAAGUGGUCAUUUUCUGUGUGAAUUCCUACUAGAUGUAGGCACUAAGUAAAGCAUGCUUGAUGUUGUAUUUUUGUUUCUGGUCUCAUUGGUAUGAAAUUGUAAUUUGACAAUUAUGUUUUGUCGCACAAUCUGUGAGCAUUGCUAAAAGAAUUGUUGAUUAAAUUAUCGUCAAGUUUUUGUUCUCGUAAAAAUUGCAUCACAGUUGCCCUCGUUGACAUCUCUGAUAUAUAUAUAUAUAUAUAUA